AAUUAAUUUAAUGAUAUUAUGAAUAAGAAUAAAAAAGAGAAUAUAGUAUCUUGGUGGAUAUGAAGGGUCACUAUAAGGCGGCUAGUAGCAGAGGCUGUGUAACCUCCGUCCAACCACCAAUCACCAAUGGCAGCAUUCUCUGUCACAACCACCAUUUCCUCCUAUCCUCCUCCAUCCCUUCAUCAACCACGUCCUUCCCCCAUCUCGUCUUCUUCUUCUUCUACCCAUUUCCAGGGUUCUUUACUGCUGCAAAAUUGGAACUUUGGGGGUUUUCCCAGCUGGAGGACCAAAAGGACAACUUUGAUAUGUGCAGUCAAUCAAGAUGCCAAGCAAGCAGUAAAAGAUACUGUCCAGCUUGAUCUGCUCAAGGAAGACUCCAAACAAGUACAUGACAACGGUAUGGAAGUGUGGUCACAAUUUGCCAAAAGAGUUUCUGGUGAAUGGGAUGGAUUUGGUGCUGAUUUUAGCAAUGAAGGGAAACCGGUUGAAUUGCCUGAGACUGUGGUACCGGAAGCAUACAGAGAGUGGGAGGUUAAAGUAUUUGACUGGCAGACUCAGUGUCCUACUCUUGCUGAACCGGGAGAUCGAGUUCUCGAAUACAAGUCCAUUCAGUUACUACCAACUGUUGGUUGUGAGGCUGAUGCUGCUACGCGUUACAGCAUAGAUGAAAGGAAAGUUGGAGGAGCCGAUACUGGAAUCGCUGCCUUUGCUUACCAAUCCAGUGGUUCUUAUGUUGCCUUGUGGGACAAGAAAGAUGGCUUGUUAGAGUUGGAGUACUGCUUGAUCAGUCCACAAGAUUGUGAGUCUCGGGUUAGGAUCAUUCAGCACAUAAAUGUAUCAGAUAAUACAAAGAUGGUUCUGCAAAGUAUAAGAGUAUUUUGUGAGCAGUGGUAUGGACCAUUUAGAAAUGGUGACCAACUUGGAGGUUGUGCUAUCCGUGAUUCUGCAUUUGCUGCUACUUCUCCAUUGACUGCUUCAGAAGUUACUGGUGUCUGGCAGGGAUCUAAAGCUAUUGCAACUUUCGAUGAUUCGAACACUGGGAGCUUUCGGCCGCUUUUAGAUGAUCAAGUGUUGAACUCUGUCAGAGAUGGAGAUAACAACAUGUUACUUCCCAAGAAGCUCUGGUGUUCAUUGAGAGAGAGCAAUGAUGGUGGAACUUUGAGUGAAGUGGGAUGGAUCUCUGAUCAUGGCCGCGCAAUUACAUCAAGCUGCAUAUUCUCAAGCACUGCUAAGCUCAAGGAAAUCUCAUUGGCAUUAGAAACUAAAGCAGAAGAGAUAUAACCAUGGUGGUGAUCCAUUUUGGUUGAUAUGUUACAAAGUGGCAUUCAUUUUUAUAGACGACCAAUUUGUAGAAAGAAUUUGACUUUACUAUAUAAAAAGUAUACCAUGGGAUGGAUAUAAAUGAUAAACAGCGAUACUUUGAA